AUGGCUGUUUUAGUUACAGGUGCUACAGGUUUUAUUGCCCAAUGGGUCUUGGAUUAUUUGUUGAAGGAGAAUUACCAAGUUAUCGGUACUGUUAGAUCUCAGGAGAAGGGAGACAAGUUACACAAGCAGUUUGGAAGUCCUUCGAAUUUGAGCUUUGAAAUCGUGAAGGAUAUUUCCGAUACAGAGGCCUUUGAACCUCUCUUCAAGAAAAGAGGCAAAGAAAUUGACAUUGUGUUGCACACUGCAUCACCUUUCCACUUUAACACUAACGAAUAUGAAAAGGAUCUAUUGAUUCCUGCGUUGAACGGUACAAGAGGUGUUCUUAAUGCCAUCAAGAAGUAUGGUGAUGUGAAGAAGGUUGUCGUCACGUCAUCUUAUGCCGCGAUCACAGAUAUGGUGAACUCAGGUGAUGGUAGCCUUGUCUUCACUGAGAAGGAUUGGAACCCAGCCACUUGGGAAGGGUGCCAGACUGACGCCAUGAAUGCCUACUGUGCUUCAAAGAAAUUUGCGGAACAGGCAGCUUGGGAGUUUUCCAAGGAGACUGGUGUGUCACUGACCACUAUCAACCCUGUUUUCGUGUUUGGACCUCAGAAAUUUGAUGAGGAUGUUACAUCUCAGUUGAACACUUCGAAUGAAAUAAUCAAUGGGUUAAUUCACAGCAAGCCAGGUGAUAAACUUGAACCAGAUUUCCAUGCUGUCUAUGUGGAUGUUCGUGAUGUUGCAAGGGCCCAUUUGAUUGCAUUCCAAAAGGAUACUGCUGGUGAAAGACUGGGUCUUUCUAAUGGUAGAUUUAGCUCUCAGGGCAUCCUUGAUAUAUUGAAUGAAAAGUUCCCUCAAUUGAACAUUUCCAAGGGACCUGAACCUGGUAAGGAAGAUACAAAGCCUGCUGCGAAGUUUGACAACAGACACUCUAAGGAAGUGCUAGGAUUUCCAUUCAUCAGCCUUGAGCAAUCAGUGUACGAUACCGUGGCACAGGUUUUGAAAAAAGAGGGACGUUUAUAG